AACCUUUUGGCGGGAAAAACAGAGCGACUUAGACAUUCCCUCUCUCAUUCUCCUUCGCCUUCGCACAAUCCUCCCGGAAAAUGGAAUCCGACUCGGACUCCGACGGAUCUCACAUCUCCGCUACUCCUCCCAGAGACUCCAAACGAUCUCCGUCACCGUUUCGUCAGCCGUCGUUCCAGCCGCCUCCACCGCCAUCCGCACUGUCAAAUCUUAUUUCCUCCCACAAAUCGAAACCCAAACACAAGCUCAAACCAUCCUCUUGUCACUCAAAACCCCAAAAGCCAAUCGCUAAGCCUACCGCUAAACCACCCAGUCCUAAACCCUCUCCACCCAGCCCUUGCGCUCUCAUCCCUAAUUUACCCUUCCAUAUCUGCCGGCCAUCCGACCAAAUUGCCUCCCUUCCGACCGAUGGUUUCGUCCAACCGCUCCGGGCUGGUUAUUUCUCAAGACUCGCAUCCUUUUCAAAAAUCCGGAAGUCCUCUCUCGAUUUUGAAGAUGACUAUCCUCUCCCUGGAGUAGAAGUCAAGUCCGAGUCGGCUGAUGCGGAAGUUACAGUGAAAGAUGUGAAGAAGAAGAAGAUACAGCCUCCUAACCUAAUAGGUGGCCAAAUGACCUUACCGCCUGUGAAAUUAAGAAAAUAUGGAAAUGACAGUAACUUUGUGAGGCUUAACCUGAAUUUCAAGAAAGGUAAAUUCGCGAACAAAGGCAAAAGGAAGAACAGUUAUGCAGCAAACAGUAGCCGGAGAUCUUAUAGAUAUAAUAAACGAAAAUUGAACGCAAAGAGUGAAGGCGAAACGGAGAGUAUUUUUGAGGAGGAUGGUUUGGUUACAGAAUUUACGCAACGCAAUGGGAAGGAGGAGCUUGGCAGAGGGAAAUUAGAAGAUCAAUCGACAAUGGAGAUGGUUUUGGCCGUGAAAGAAGACCCGUGUGAUGAGAAUUUGGGAAAAUUGUUGAAGGAGAUGUAUGGUUACAAUUCUUUUAGAGAGGGGCAGCUGGAAGCAAUCAAGAUGGUGCUUGAUAAAAAGUCAGUUAUGCUGGUUUUGCCCACAGGUGCUGGAAAAUCGCUGUGUUAUCAGAUGCCGGCAGUGCUUUUACCGGGGAUAACACUGGUUGUGAGCCCCUUACUGGCUUUGAUGAUUGAUCAGUUAAAACAGUUGCCUCCAAUGAUUUCGGGCGGGCUUCUGUCCAGUAGUCAGACAUCAGAAGAGGUUGCUGAAACUCUGAGGCUGACUCGAGAAGGGAUUAUCAAGGUGCUUUUUGUUUCACCCGAGAGGUUUCUAAAUGAGGAAUUUUUGUCGAUAUUUUCUGAUAGUCUUUCUAUCUCACUUCUAGUGGUUGAUGAAGCUCAUUGUGUAUCUGAAUGGUCGCAUAAUUUCCGGCCUUCAUACAUGAGGCUUAGAGCAUCUUUACUUCGUGCCAGACUCAACGUUCAGUGCAUACUUGCAAUGACUGCAACUGCCACAACCACAACUUUGGAUGCUAUCAUGUAUUCUCUGGAGAUCCCUUCAGAAAAUUUUAUCCAAAAGGGCCAGUUGAGAGAAAAUCUUCAAUUGUCAGUAUCUAUGAGUGGAAAUAGAAUGAAAGAUCUGAUAAAGUUGAUCAAGUCUCCUCCCUUCACCGAUGUCCAAAGCAUCAUUGUAUACUGCAAAUUCCAGUUCGAAACAGACCAAGUCAGCAAAUACUUGUGUGAUAACAAUAUUUCUGCAAAGAGCUACCAUAGUGGUUACGCGGCAAAGGAUCGCAGACGCAUACAGGAAUUGUUUUGUUCUAACAAGAUCAGAGUGGUGGUUGCAACUGUGGCAUUUGGCAUGGGGCUUGACAAGAGGGAUGUUGGAGCUGUAAUUCACUACAGCUUGCCAGAAAGUCUGGAAGAAUAUGUUCAAGAAAUAGGACGUGCUGGACGAGAUGGAAGGUUGUCUUAUUGCCAUCUCUUUUUUGAUGAUAUCACAUACUUCAAGCUUCGUAGUCUGAUGUACAGUGAUGGAAUCGAUGAGUAUGCUAUAAACAAAUUCCUCUGUCAAGUUUUCACCAGUGAAAAUUGUCAUGGAAUCUGUUCAUUAAUCAAGGAAUCUGCCUCUCGCAAAUUUGAUAUGAAAGAAGAGGUGAUGCUGACAGUUUUAACUCAGUUGGAGUUGGGUGAAAUGCAAUACUUGCAUCUACAUCCACCGCUAAAUGUAACAUGCACUUUGAAUUUCCAUAAGACGCCACCGGUGUUACUUGCUGACAGAGAUAUUGUGGUUGCAGCAAUACUGAAAAAGUCUGAGACUAAGCAUGGGCAGUAUGUAUUUGACAUACCCACCAUUGCGAAUUACAUUGGGGUUACAUCUAUGGACCUAUCAAAUCAGCUUCAGAAUCUCAAGUUGCAGGGAGAAGUAACAUAUGAGAUGAAGGACCCAGCGUAUUCUUAUACAAUUGUGGAAGAUCCUAAGGAUAUUUGUUCUCUCUCUUCACAUCUUACAAAAUGGUUAUCAGAGAUUGAAAGUUGUAAGGUAAGGAAACUGGAUGCGAUGUUUGACGCUGCAGUGUUCGCAGUGAAUGCAUGUGAAAAAGUGCAUGGCUGUCAUGGUGCACAGCAUACGCCUUGCUUGGAAAAGAAGAUAUUGAAUUACUUCAUGGAAAAUGAUGACGGUGAAGUUCCUAACAAGAUGUGUCAAAGCAGCCGCUUUCUGCGAGCAGAUAUAAAGGUUUUUCUGCAGAGCAACUCACAGGCAAAAUUCACUCCAAGAGCCAUUGCAAGGAUACUGCAUGGCAUUGCCAGCCCAGCCUAUCCUUCUACAACUUGGUCAAAAACUCAUUUCUGGGGAAGGUACACAGAGAUAGACUUCCAAGUUGUAAUGGAGGCUGCAAAGGCAGAACUGAUGAAUUUUGUCGGAAAAGAUGCUCUCUAGCUGUGUCUAUUCAGGCACAGUCCUGUAUGACAACUAGAUCAGAGGGCCACCUGAAGGUAAACAGGAGGAAGGAUGGAAGAAAUGAAUUACCAUUGAUUCCUUGUAAAGUUGUACCAGUAUCUGUCAAGGAUAUAACCUAAAAGAACUCUAUCAAGUCACGGAAGGUAUUCGAGUCUUACUCGUGCGAACGAUCACGAUUUACCUGCAGCAACAUAUGCAGCUGCAGUAAUUUCAAUCCUUGGCACUGAUGCUGAAACCCUUGAUCCAUCAAUUGAUGGAGAAUGGAAAUGCAAUAUUAUCUAAAGAGUAUAGGACAAGAGGAAAGCAGCUUGUGGCUUUGUCAUUCUGAUUUUCAUGUUUUAUUUUCUGUCCAAACAUGUAGGUCCUCUCAGUUAUUGGUAUCAAAUGCCAUCAGGGUUCAGCCAUUUUAGUUUUGUUUCCAUGUAUUUGUUCAAAACAUUUAGAUUUGAAAUUUGAAACUCCGGAAGUAACGUGGAUGGUGAGCUAAAGAUGGCAUCAUAUGUCAAGGAAAGUGAAGAAAGUCUGCUAAUCAGCGGAUUCAAAGUUGGCCAAAAUUAGCAGUCAAAAGCCAUCAAAAGCAGUGUUUUGUACGCAAAAGUAUGUUGUGGUGAUCCGGCAACAGAGGUUACUGGCUAUUAGUUUUUUUAUUUUAAAACGAAAAAAUAUAUAUUCAUAACGUACCGUGUAUAACAGUUUAUUAAUUAUUGAAAGAGAGAAUAUUAAGUG